AUGUAUUCCACUCUACUUGGUUCACUUCUCUUGGGCCUUUCACUUGUAUCGGCCUGGUCCCCAACCAACUCCUAUGCUCCUGGUGAAAUAGACUGCCCCUCUUCCAAUUACACCUUUGUCAGAGAAGCUACUGCGAUUUCCGAUGAGGAGGCCUCGUGGUUGGAAUCCAGAAACAACAUCACCUUUACCAACUUGAAAAACUUCUUCACCUACAGUACAAACUUAUCCAACCAAUCUGACUUUUCAAUUGACGACUUCUUUACAAACCUAAACCAAUCAACUAUCAAAGUCGGCAUCGCCUUUUCUGGUGGUGGUUAUCGAGCUAUGCUUGCGGGAGCUGGUGAAAUAUCUGCUCUCGAUAACAGAACUGUCAACGCUUUUCAAAAUGGUUUGGGUGGUUUACUCCAAACUGCAACCUAUCUCUCCGGUUUAUCCGGUGGUAAUUGGCUAACCGGCACCUUAGUCCUCAACAAUUGGACCUCAAUUCAAGAUUUAAUCAACCAAGACGAAGUUUGGGACUUGGAAAACUCAAUUAUUAACCCAGGAGGCCUUAACAUUCUUCAAACCCUCAGCACCUUCAAUGAAAUAUCCAACGAUAUCAGUGAUAAAAGAGAUGCAGGCUUUGAGGUAUCUUUGACUGACGCGUGGGGCAGAGCUUUAUCAAGACAAUUCUUCACAAACUACUCAAACUACGGCGAUGCCCUAACUUUCUCCACUCUAAGAGAUGUUGAUGCUUUUAAAAAUGCUGAAAUGCCCUUUCCCUUUUCCGCUGCAGUCGGAAGAACUCCUGGCUCCAACAUCAUAAAUGAAAACUCAACUUGCUUUGAAUUCAAUCCCUUUGAAGUCGGUUCCUGGGAUCCUAGUUUAAGAUCCUUUUAUGACUUGAAAUAUCUUGGUACAAAUGUUACCAAUGGAAAAUUAUCAAACAACUCGGAAUUCUGCAUUGCUGGCUUUGAUAACGCCGGUUUUAUCAUGGGUACUUCCUCCUCUUUGUUUAAUCAGUUCAUCUUGCAACUAAACACAACAGGCUUGACUGGUGCUUUAUACGAUGUAAUUGAAAGCGUCCUAGAUAGCUUGAGUGAAGCUGAUAACGAUAUCGCUGUUUACGACCCAAACCCAUUCUACCAAUCAACAUACGGUUCAAGUCAAUCCCUAGCCAACUCCUCAAACUUAUAUCUCGCUGAUGGUGGUGAAGAUCUUCAAAACAUUCCAUUCCAGCCUUUAAUUCAACCAGAAAGAGAUGUCGAUGUCAUCUUUGCUUACGAUAACAGUGCCGAUACCAACGAAAGUUGGCCCAAUGGUACCUCCAUGGUUUACACCUACGAAAGGCAAUUUAGCUCUCAAGGUAAUGGUACUGCUUUUCCUCAUGUCCCUGAUUUCACCUCUUUCAGAUCACUAAACUUGACUACAAAACCAGCUUUUUUUGGCUGCAACUCAUCAAACUUAACCUCCCUAUCAAAUAUCCCUCCUUUGGUUGUUUAUACCGCUAAUAGACCCUUUUCAUACUGGUCAAAUACCUCUACUUUCCAAAUGUCCUAUGAUCAGGAUGAAAAACUUGGUAUGAUCAAAAAUGGCUUUGAAGUCGCUUCCAGAUUAAACUUGACUUUGGAUUCCAAUUGGCCAACUUGUGUUGCGUGUGCAAUUAUGAGAAGAGCUCAAGAACGAAACAACCAAACUCAGCCAGAUAUCUGCAGACAAUGUUUUGAGGAAUAUUGCUGGGAUGGCUCAACUACAAAUACUGAACCGGGUAUCAAUUUCACUCUUACUGGCACUACAAAUACUGAUGAUGGAAUGGAUGAAUCAGAAAUCAAUAGCGCUGCCGGAUUAUUUAUCAAUUACAACAGAUCCUUCAUUUUAAUCCAAUUCGUCUUCUUGUUCUUUGUCUAUUUUGGUCUUUUCAAUUAG